CAAAGGAAAGACUCCGGGACAAUAUUUGCUGGGUACAUCUGUCCACCACGAUGACUAGCCACAAGAACACGGUGGCUUUGGCAGCUCUAAGCGCAGAUGAUGAUGAGGAAGCAGAGGAAGACGAAGAAUUGCCGGAAAUAUAUUACAAAGCUGCUAGAUCUUCUACACCUGACAUCCAGCCAGUUUUGACCGCUUCCAGCGUACCAAGAAAAGAUGCUAUCCCGGCGCCCCCAUCUCUCCCUACGGAUGUUCCCACUCUUCAAAAAGCCCUCCUUUCCGCUGAGGGUAGGCUCGUCGGAUUUCAAAAUCGUGAACAAGUGUACGUUCAUCAGCUUCAGGAAAAAGACGCGGAAAUUUUGGAGUUGCACCGCCAUAUUCAAGAAUUAAGGGUCUUCCAAAGUCCACCUGAGGCGUGGGGAAGGAAAGUGCUGGUCGACCCUGGCGUAGCUAUGGAGUUGCGCUUAUUACGCGAAAAGAUCGCAGAAUUGGAAGCGUCCGAAAAAAUUUUGAAAGAGGAUGCUCAGGCACGGCACUUUUCUGCUGAAAGCGCCACCGGAGAAGCGCUCUUGAACAAAUGUCGCCGACUGCAGCAAGAAAAUGAGUCUUUGGCCAGACGGCUGGGAGAGAUGGAGAAAGGGACAGGGGAGGACGGACUUGAAGGGGCGUUUAGAAAACAAAUUGCGAUUUUGCAGGAACAGCUAGAGGAAAGUAAGGCAAGAGCGGAGGAUUUAGACGAAGAAAGAGGGUUGUUGAGUACCAUGGUGUAUGCGCUCAAAAAGCAGCUAGCUGCGGCUGGGGUAGACGACGGUGAGGGAAGCACAGGCAUGGCAGUGGAGACUGAAUGACUUGUCUCAACUCCUUUUGUAAAUGAAGAAAUUCAUGAGAAAGGAAAUCUGCCAUGGACGCCACGAGAAGAAAAUUGCGAAGGGAGGGGGCCUCUUCUGCGUCCUUUUGG